AUGUGUCUUUAUUUAUCAUUAUUACGAGAAAAAUCACCAGAUAAAUUAUACACCGGUGAUGGAAUUGUUGGAAAUGUUUUAGUUGAUCCAACAGCUAAAAUUGGUAAAGAUUGUAGAAUUGGUCCAAAUGUUACAACUGGUCCUGAUGUUGUACUUGCUGAUGGUUGUUGUAUAAAACGUUCUACAAUUCUUAAAUCAGCAACAAUUAAAGAACACCCUUGGCUUGAUAGAUGCAUAGUUGGCUGGCGAAGUAUUGUUGGUCGUUGGGUAAGAAUGGAAGGAAUAACUGUUCUUGGUGAAGAUGUCAUUGUCAAAGAUGAAUUGUACAUUAAUGGAGGCCUAGAACCUCAAAUUAUAUAA